AUGCGCCACGACGAGCACGAAACCACGAGCUCCGAAUCCGGUGCGUGCGAGACGCGAUCCCGGGGGAAAAAAUCCGCGCGCCCCGCGGAACAUAAAUCGGGGCGGAAUCUACCACCCCACGUCCCCCACCCGAACGAUCGAGCGGUGAAGCACACGGUCUCGUGACUAGAGAAGAGAGUAGUACGCAUGGACGGCGCGACGGAGGAGGAGACGGCGGCGGCGGGGCGGCGGAUACUGGUGGCCGUGGACGAGGGCGACGAGAGCGUCCACGCGCUGAAGUGGUGCCUCGCCAGCUUCGCCAAGCGCGGCGGCGGCGCGGUGCCGCCGGACACCAUCAUCCUUCUCUACGUCCGGCCUCCCCCGCCCACCUACUCCGUGCUCGACGCCUCCGCUAUGGUAGGCUACGUGUUCUCCGACGAGGUGGCCGCCGCCAUUGACGGAUACAGCCGGGAGGUGGCGGAGGCGGUGGUGGAGAAGGCGCAGAAGCUCUGCACGCUCUACGGCAAAGAGGUCGGUGACGGUGAGGCUGACCACGAGAUGAAGGUGGAGGUGAAGGUGGCGGUCGGCGACGCCAGGAACGUCAUCUGCCAGAUGGUGGACAAGCUCGGCGCCGACGUGCUGGUGAUGGGGAGCCAUGGCUAUGGCCUGUUCAAGAGGUCCCUAGAACGAUCUCGUUUUCAGUCUCAGAAGCUGGCUCUGCUUGGGAGCGUCAGUGAUUACUGCGUCAGGAACGCGAACUGCCCGGUUCUCAUCGUCAAGUCAUAGCUGUCAUGCGCUCCAAUUCUUGUAAUUGUGCAGCAGCAUGUGUGCUUUGCUCUCUCCGGCGUUUUUGUUUUGCUUGUGUAAUGUUUCGUCUGUCUACACUUCAGUUUACUUCACAUGUCAUCUGCCGGAAGUGGAUGUGUUUAGUGAAGACUCGUAACUCUGGAAUUGUCAAGCAGCGUGUACAUAUAA